AUGGCUUUAAUGGGGAAAGUGGAGACUGAAAUAGAGUUUCAAGCACCUGCUGAUAAGUUCUAUAAUAUCUUCAGAAACCAACUUCAUCAUAUUCCUAAUAUCUCUACAGAAAUAGUGCAGGAAGGUAGAGUGCAUGAAGGUGACUGGGAAAAUGUUGGUUCUGUGAAACACUGGGAAUAUACAUUAGAAGGAAAAACACAAAGUGCUAAAGAAAAAAUAGAGACUAUAGAUGAUGAGAAUAAGGUAAUCACAUAUAGUGUCUUUGGUGGGGAAGUGGGUGAGAGUUACAAGAGUUUAAAGGUAACAAUACAAGUGAUUGAUAAGGAACAUGGUGGGCUUGUUAAAUGGGCUUUUGAGUAUGAGAAACUGAAGGAGGAUAUCACAGCUGCAUCUCCUGAUUCAUUCUUGGACUUUGCUGCAAAGGUCACAAAAGAUAUUGAUGCUCAUCUUGUCAAAGAGUAG